AUGAACAAUUCCUUUAAUGGCACAUCAUCUUUUCUGCUACAAGUGAAAAAUACUGUUGAUUGGCUCCAACAAAAUGUCACUUGUGUUCCAUCAACCGAAGAUCAAAACUGGAAUCACACAAUUCUGAAUGGAUCCAGUGUCCCCAGUCCAGAAUGGGAAGGGCCAACAGAAACAAGCAGGAAAUGGCUGGUGGGCAAACCUCACAUCGCAGCUAAGAUAGUGCUGUGUUUUGCAUAUGCAGUCAUCAUAAUGGUAUCGCUCUUCGGCAACUCACUGGUGUGCCAAGUUUUUAUCAAGCAUAAAGAAAUCAACAAAUCAACUGGCCUUCUCAUUUUCAAUCUGGCGAUAUCUGACAUAUUGAUAAUUCUGCUCAACAGUCCAUUUGCUCUGGCCCGAUUCCUGAGUGGACAGUGGCUUUUUGGCAGGAUCAUGUGUCACAUCAGUCGAUUUGCUCAGUACUGCUCCCUCCACGUCUCGACUUUAACACUGAUGGCAGUUGCCAUGGACCGACACCGGGUAAUUCUGCACCCAAUGAAACCAAGGCCAACACAUUCCCAAAGCUUAUUUGCUGUCGCCAUGAUCUGGAGUCUUGCUGUGCUUCUUGCUCUUCCACAUGCAAUUUAUCAAAAUCUGUUCUAUUUCGUCAGCACGGAUGGAAUUGUCAGGAGUCACUGUCUUCCUGCCUUUCCUGGACCCAGCAAGCUGGUUGGGAAGUAUGUAGACCUCGGAACAUUUAUCUUACUGUAUAUCCUGCCACUUCUGGUGAUUGUUAUAACAUAUUCUCACCUAGGGAAGAGGUUGUGGAUACAGAAUGCUGUUAGUGAUGCAUCUGUUCAUCAACUUAUGGCACACUAUCAUAAGCGAAAGAAGAGUAUCCGAAUGCUGAUUCUUAUUGUAAUGGUCUUUGCAGUAUGUUGGUUUCCGCUCAAUUGCUAUGUCGUUCUUAUUUCUAGUGCAGAUACAGAAGCAGAGAGUGUGCUUUUCUAUGCUUUCCACUGGUUUGCCAUGAGCAGUACCUGCUACAAUCCUUUCAUCUACUGCUGGCUUAACAGGAGCUUCCGUGACAAACUCAGAUCUAUACCAUCCUGGUGCACGAAAUUUGUGUUUGUGUGCAGAAGCUCCCAAGUUCAGCAAAUGCAGAUGCAUGUGCAGGAAAGUCAUGAGCUCCAGGAACUCCAGACAUCUUCACUGCUACAGGUACCUCUGGCCAUUCCAGAACACCAGGUAUUUGAGGAUCCCAGUUUGGCUACAGGGGAGGAGCAUUCCCAGAUCUCUGUCCAUGGGGAAUGGGGAGAUCCAGAUCCCUCCCUUGAUGAAGAGGAGGAGUCUCCAACCCAGGAUGCUUAUUUAUCUAUCCAUAUGGAGCAUGACAGUUCCUAA